AUGGUCUAUCGUGAUCGUCAAGGUUUAUCACCAACGACUGAUCCAAUUCAAAUAUCAAAUAAUCGUGAUCGUUAUUUAGAUAAUUGUUUUUUAUUAUGUAUUAAUCGUAAUGAUGAUACAGACAUACCUGAGAUUCAUCGAUUAGAAAAUAAUAAUCUUAUACGAGAAUUAUGUAAUAAAAAUCCAUUAAAUCAAAUUAAAUCACAACAACAAAAAUCAAAACUUUAUAUACAAAAUCAACGUGGACCAAAAAUUGAAAAUUAUGAUUAUGAAAAUGAUAAUGAUGAUGAUGAUGAUGAUGACGAUGAUGAUAAUAUAAUAAGAUUAUCAAAACAACAAAAAGAUCGUGAUAAUAUUUAUCGACGAAAACAAAAUCCAUAUGAUCGAGAUUCUCAAUUCAUAACAAAUCGCUCAAAAUAUCAACGAGAUAAUACAAUUGAUAAUUACUAUACUAAUGAUCAAUAUUCACGAUCAGCUAAAUAUAAUUAUCAUCGUAAUGAUUAUAAUAUCAUGCAACAUAGUGAUGAUGAAUUAUCUGUAUAUGAAGUAUAUGUACCAACAAAUACAUUAAAUCGUUUAGGAGAUAAACGAAUAAAUAAUAAUAUGGUUUUAAUUGAUUAUGAAGAUGUAUCAAUGUUGCGUGACAUUCGACAACCAACAUCACCUUAUGGAUAUCCGCAACAAAAUAUAACUUCACAAUAUAAUAACUACGUACCUUUAAAUCAAUAUAAUGAAUAUGAUUCACAAUAUCCAUAUGAUUUAUCAUCAGAUUUAACAAGAAUUCGUGUUGGUCAACAACAAUUUUAUCAAAAUAAUCCAUUACAACAACAGCAACAACAACAGCAACAGCAACAGCAGCAACCACGAUUAGACUCACCACAAUCUGGUCCAUUUUUACCGACAAAUAUUUCAAUUGAUCAGUCAAAUGCAAUUAAUAUUCGUCGUCAUAUUUAUUCACCAUCUCAACUUCCACAAGGCCUUACUGAAGGACAACUUGUUAUGUUAUUACAAAAAGGUAGUCAAUAUCAACAAAUUAAAUCUGGACCAACAGGACAACAAACACAACUUUCUCCUAUUCAAAAAGAAGCACAACCAUCAUCAACAACAGCAGCAGCAGUCGCUCCUCAAGCUACCGUAGUACCAAGCACUCCUUUGGAAGCUUUAAAAAGUCCUUCAUAUGUUCUAUCAUCACAAAUAAAAAUGUCUCAAGUACCACCACAAAUAGUUGAUCAUCCGUUAACAAAUGAUGAUAAAAUUUCUAUCGUAGAUGAAAUAACUAAACCAAUGAGUACAUUAAAUACAAGAAAUUCAAUAAAACCAUCAAAAGAUAUUGUUGAAUCAAAAGAAGACAAUAAAGAAAAGAAAAAAGAUAGAAUAAAUGAUGAGUAA